CGUAAAACUUGACGAGGAUGUUGUCCAUGCGUCAUUGCCCGCGUAAGCUUCUUCAAUUCACGUCUCUCCGUUAGUAACAGUCAAAACUCAAUUUCACUGCUCCUUCUUCAUUCCUUCAUUCUUCCACGUUCUAAUUACCAUUUCCAAUUUCCAAUCACAGAAACAAGUUCAUUUUUCACUUAGUUUGCAAUUCUAUGAACACAAUUCGAUCCCGUUUCUCAGCUAAAAUGGCGGCAGAAAACACCGGAAAAAACAACCUCGAAUCUGGCGGUUUCUGGCCGUUUCUCCGCCGUUGGAUCCCCACUUCUACCGACCACAUCAUCAAUGCCGAGAAACGCCUUCUCUCUCUUGUCAAGACUCCGUAUGUUCAAGAGCAGGUGAAUAUUGGUUCUGGUCCACCUGAUUCCAGAGUGAGGUGGUUUCGUUCAUCUAGCAAUGAACCGAGGUUUAUCAACACUGUUACCUUUGAUGGUAAAGAGGAUUCUCCUACAUUGGUAAUGAUUCAUGGAUAUGCUGCAUCACAGGGUUUCUUCUUUCGCAAUUUUGAUGCACUUGCUUCGCGUUUUAGAGUCGUCGCUAUUGAUCAACUUGGUUGGGGUGGAUCUAGCAGGCCAGACUUUACAUGCAAAAGCACUGAAGAAACCGAGGCAUGGUUCAUUGAUUCUUUUGAGGAAUGGAGGAAAGCGAAAAAUCUAAGCAAUUUUAUACUUCUUGGUCAUUCUUUUGGGGGUUAUAUAGCUUCCAAAUAUGCACUUAAGCACCCAGAGCACGUACAACACUUGGUUUUGGUGGGAUCUGCUGGAUUUUCAUCAGAAACUGAGAGGAUUACAAAAUUUUUAUCAACAUGGAAAGGAUCAAUUCUGAACCAAAUAUGGGAAUCCAAUUUAACACCUCAAACAAUUAUCAGAGGUUUAGGUCCUUGGGGUCCUGAUUUAGUCCAUAGGUAUACAAGUGCUAGGUUUGUCAAAUACUCAACUGGGGAACUGUUGACCGAAUCUGAAUCGAGAUUACUAACAGAUUAUGUUUAUCAUACGCUAGCAGCCAAAGCUAGUGGUGAGUUGUGUUUAAAAUAUAUUUUUUCAUUUGGAGCAUUUGCCAAGUCACCUCUUCUACACAGCGCCUCAGAGUGGAAAGUGCCUACCACUUUCAUCUAUGGUUUUAACGACUGGAUGAAUUACGAAGGGGCCCAAGAAGCUCGCAAGCAUAUGAAGGUUCCAUGUGAGAUCAUCAGGGUUCCACAGGCCGGGCAUUUUGUGUUCAUUGAAAACCCAUCGGCCUUCCAUUCGGCUGUGUUCUAUGCUUGUAGAAGGUUUCUCCGUCCUGAUCCUGACAGUGAAUCCCUUCCUGAAGGGCUAACAUCUGCAUAGAGUAUAAAUUUCUGUACUGCUGUCUGUAAAUCCUUUUUAUCUCAUUUUUUAUAAAUAAAUUCCAUAAUUUAAUCAAGCCUUGUCCUAGUCUUGCUUAGUGAAAUUAUUGUAAAGAGCAAUUCAAAGAAAAGAAACCUGUAAUAUAAAUUUGAUUAAUGAUACACAUCUUCGUUAAAAGUUGCUACCAAUUAUUCUUUUAUUCGUUGUGCUAUUUAUGAAAAUUUUAGAAUCAACAAUGUAAAACACAGACCAUUUAUAGUCCUGAUUUUUUUCUACUCUGAUGAUAUGCUGCUACGAAUUUAGUAUAUUGAACCAUUUAUGGUUCUCAAACUGUGUUUCAGAUGGCAUAAUCUGUUCGGAAGUAUACUUGUUUCUAGCCGGCAUAAAAUCUGUAUUUUUGGUUGUCAACUCCUGAAGUCAUUUAGGGGAUGGUGAAAGUUUCUCCUCUUUGUAAAUGGGUACUUUUCAAGUCUGGUCCAUAUAAUAAUUUUCACAAUUCUAUAAAUUUUUUCAGAAGUGUAACAAAACAUGCUCAGAUCCUUGAUGCGGAUUUUAUUUUUGAUACGCAUUGAAAUAUUUAUAAGUAAAUGAUAGAGAUGUCUUAAAUUGAAUUGAAAAUGCAUGUUAUGAUUGGGAGUCGAAUAUUAUUUGGUUCCAUACACUUAAAUUCACCUGUCUUCGUGCUCUUUUUUAGAAUCUAAUGCAAGGUGGUGGUAUUUUUGUUGCAUUCUCUAAUCACUCCAAUUAUUUACUUAGGUUUGAGGUUUAUAGAGAAGUAUCCUUUUGGAUUUGUUUAGAAGGUAAUAAUUUUGAACUUUGACAAAAUGAAGAUAUGACUUGCUUAGGUAUGCCAAUAAAACCUUUACCCGCGGGCACACACUCGAACCUGUUCCAAAUUUGACAGAGAAAAUUCGCUUUGAUUGAGUUUGAAUUUUUUCCGAUUAUAAAGUAUGGGAACGGAUCGGAUAAUUGGAACACUAGUAUCUGCCUCAAACCCGUCCCGUUUAUUAUAUUAUGUACAUUAUUAUUUAUGAUUUAUAAUAUUGAAUAUGUGGUCCAUUUUGAGACGUUUGAGUGGUAGCGUAGAGGAAUACUUGAAUCCGUUUGAGACGUUUGAGUUUUAAUUUUCCAUUUUUCUUUGGGUUUUGGGGCAAAUAAUGAGAUUGUUUUGGGAUUCGAAUUUGAAUUUAGGAAGGUAAGAAACGUCCCAACCCGGCUCAUUGCCUACUCUCACUUAUGUUAUGUGAUGUGUAUGGGGGUGCAUCUUUCAUGUACUGAGGGUGCCAAAAGUAAGUCCGAAAAUAAAAAGAACCAGCUGCAAAGCUUGGCCCAAGAUAUUUACUAUAAAAUGUAACCCUAACUGAAGCAUUGUUUCAUCCUCUCGCGCAGCUUCAUCCUCCCUCCACCCUCUCAAGUAUGUGUCUCGCCUACUUUUGCUCCUUCCGCCGCACUGCUGUUGUUGGAGCCUAGAUUAUUUUUCUUUCUGUUUUGUUUUUUGAUUUCUUUGGUUUUAUUCAAACAUGUUUUUUCAUUUAUGGUUAAUUGAUUUAGUUGAAGCUUAAUAUUUAAUUUUAUUUACAUGCAAUUGUUGCUUAAUUGAUUAAAUUUGAAGAGCUUAUGACUUUUUCUAAGUGUCUUGAGGUUUGAUAAGAGGUUGGAUAAUGAAUGUGGCGAGUUCCUUAAUAUUCCUCUCUUGCAAUUUUAUGAUCCAGAGUUACAUUGUUUCACCUUUCAAGACUUUCAGAAAGGAGUACUCCUCGAGAGUAGAGCCAAUUGAAUUGAUAGUCUUGGAAGGUAAAACAAUGUAACUCUGGAUCUACCGUGGUCUUCAACAGUGGUCUUCAACAGAUAAUCUUGGAAAGUAAGCAAGGUAACUUUGGAUCAACCGUGGUCUUCAACAAAACCAAAAUACUUGCAUAACAAUCAUUGAAGUUUUGCAAAGGUGCACCCUUGCAAAGUUGUCACUUAAGUUUUCUAUAUAUAUAUAUGAAUUUGAUUUAGACCAUAGUUGGUGUUAUGUACUUUGGUUUCUGAAUAUUAAUAUAUAUAAGUGUUAUGUA